CCAACUCUAAAACCGACCAAGAAGCAAAAGCAGACAAACUCACAAACGUCUCAAGCGAAAGACAAGGAGAACAUGGCGACCAUCUCGUCCACCUCCUACUUCUCCUCGCAGCCGCAGCUGCCGGCGUCCGACGGCGCCAACCCCGCCACCACCAGAAGCAGCAGCAGCAACGGCCGGCAGCCCCGGAGGCGGCGGACCGGCAGGUGCGUCAUGCUCGAGGUAGACGCUGCCUCUGGUAGUGGCAGUGGCGGUGCGGCGGUGGGGAGGACGAGGAGCCUGACGGAGGAGGACCUGGAGGAGCUCAAGGCCUGCCUCGACCUCGGCUUCGGCUUCUCCUACCAUGAGAUCCCGGGCCUCCGCGGGACGCUCCCCGGCCUGGAGCUCUGCUACUCCAUGACGCGGAGGUUCCUCGACGAGCAGAGGACUCUGGUCGGGCAGCUGGAGCCCGCCGCGGCGGCGGCGGCCACGCCCAUCCCGGACUGGAGGAUCUCCGGCCCUGGUGAUGAUCCCGACGAAGUGAAAGCUCGGCUCAGGUAUUGGGCACAGACAGUGGCAUGCACAGUCAAACUCUGCACCUAGUGCCAUGUGUGCUAAGAUGGGCUCAACUGAAGGUGGCUGAAGCUGAAGCUGAAGAAUUUGCUUACAUGGCUCAAGAUAUGUUAUAUACCGAGGAGAUGCUUGGGUUGCGCGCUAUCGGGAUAACAUAACAGAUUGGUGCUUUCCGAAAACUUCAGAGAGGGAGAUGACUUAUGACACCGCAGAACUGCGAGAAAUCUCGAGGCGAUACGUCGUCUGAGCUUUAAUGAAAGGAUCAGAAGCUUGCCAUUCGUCAUAGGUGUUCUAAACGUGCAAUUCGGAGACCUGCUAGUGUUUUUAAUCUUCCUUGUAAUGAUCACUAGGCGCUCCAAAUAUGUUGUACUGCGCCAAGUUGAGCUUUGCAAAUAUGUCGGUUGAUUGGCUCAAGUAUGGCUUUGUUCUCACUUUCCUUUGAACUUUAAUAUGCUUUGAAAGAGUAGACAAUGUAUAGGACUUUCAUGAACAUAUUUGUUGAUUUUGCUGUACUGCACUGCAAAGGUGCAGAAACAGUUUGCCCUGAAAUAGAUUUCUUUGUCCAGCUUAA